AUGAGCAAAGAGGAAGAUGAAGGUGGAGGAGCAGGCAAGAAUAAGAAUAUAGAUGCAGAAACAGUGGAGAUCUCCAAGGUUCUAGAGAUGGUAAAGCCUAGAUCCCUGGAAGCCUACUUGAAAAAGUGUCUCUCACUACUGACCCACAUUGUUCUGGGGCUUCAGCAAGACACAAACCACAAAGAUCUGGGGGAGGAUUUUGCAGUAGCUAGCUUGCUACCCACUGGGGUGGCAGGCCAGUCUCCACCUCAGAAAGGUGUGGUGGAGGAGGGGGUAUCCAGCAUGCCUGAGGCUCCAGGCAGCGCUACCCCAUGUCCAGAACUGCUGAAGACUCACAUCUUGGAUAAUGAGAGAGCUAUGCCUUUACAAGUAGGUGUUCUUCCCUCCGGACAGGCUGUCAGGUGGGCUUCCCUGAGGUUAGCCCUGCAGCGGUGCGCUUGCGCCCUUGUCCCGGGUCCGCGCACUUAUUACGGGGACUCAGUGGCCACACUGGGUACCCAGCCGGACUCAGGUUCUGCCAUCUACCAGGAAAACUAUGAACAGAUGAAACUACUUGUAAAUCAGCUCCAUGAACAAGCACAGAAAAUAAGAGUAGGAGGCAGUGAGAAAGCCCGAGAACGCCACAUAUCAAGAGGAAAACCUUUAGCCAGAGAAAGAGUGGACAGUCUUAUAGUCCCAGCGUCUCCAUUUCUGGAAUUAUCCCAGUUUGCAGGUUACCAGUUAUAUGCUAAUGAGGAGGUGCAUGCCAGUGGCAUUAUUACAGGCAUUGGGAGAGUAUCAGGAGUAGUUAUAAUUGUUGCCAAUGAUGCCACCAUCAAAGGAGGGACCCACUAUCCCGUGACUGUGAAGAAGCAUUUGUGGGCACAAGAAAUUGCAAUGCAAAAUAGGCUCCCCUGCAUCUACUUGGUUGAUUCAGGAGGCGCAAACUUACAUUGGCAAGCAGAAAUAUUUCCAGAUCGAGAUCACUUUGGCCGUAUAUUCUAUAAUCAGGCAAUUAUGUCUUCUCAAAAUAUUGCACAGAUAGCGGUGGUCAUGUGCUCCUGUAUGGCAGGUAGUGCUUAUGUGCUUGCAAUGGCUGAUGAAAACAUCAUUGUACGCAAGCAGCGUACCAUUUUCUUGGGAGGACCCCAGUUGGUUAAAGCCGCAACUGGAGAAGAGGUCUCAGCUGAGGAUCUUGGAGGUGCCAAUCUGCACUGCAGAAAGUCUGGAGUAACUGACUACUAUGCUUUGGAUGAUCCUCAGGCCCUUCACAUAACUAGGAAAAUUGUGAGGAAUCUAAAUUAUCAGAAGAAAAUGGAUGUUUCCAUUGAGUCUUCUAAAGAUCCUUUGCUUCCUGCUAGUGAAUUGUAUGGAAUAGUUGGCACUAACCUUAAGAGGAACUUUGAUAUCCAAGACGUCAUUGCUAGAAUCAUGGAUGGAAGCAGAUUAAAAGCCUUAUAUGGAGACACAUUAGUUACAGGAUUUGCUAGAAUAUUUGGAUACCCUUUAGGUAUCAUCGGAAAUAACGGAGUUCUCUUUUCUGAAUCUGCAAAAAAGGGUGCUCACUUCAUCCAGUUAUGCUGCCAAAGGAAUAUUCCUCUGCUGUUCCUUCAAAAUAUUACCAGAUAGGUUGGUAGAGACUAUGAGGCAGAAGGAAUUGCCAAGGAUGGUGAGAUGGUGGCUGCUGUAGCCGGUGCCAAUGUGCCUAAGAUAACUGUCAUCAUUGGGGGAUCCUAUGAGGCUGGAAACUAUGGGAUGUGUGGCAGAGCAUAUAGCCCAAGAUUCCUCUACCUGUGGCCAAACACUCAUGUCUCAGUGAUGGGAGGAGAGCAGGCAGCCAAUGUGUUGGCCACAGUAGCAAAGGACCAAAGAGCACGUGAAGGAAAACAAUUCUCCAGUGCAGAUGAAGCAGCUUUAAAAGAGCCAAUCAUUAAGAAGUUUGAAGAGGAAGGAAACCCUUACUAUUCCAGUGCAAGGCUGUAGGAUGACAGGAUUAUUGAUCCAGUGGACACCAGACUGGUCCUGGGUCUCAGUAUUAGUCCAGCCUUCAACGCACCAAUCCAGAAGACUGACUUCAGUAUCUUGAGGAUGUUACUGGAGUGUGAAGCAUCUUCCAUUGGACAUGUACCAAAAUUAAUAUACGAGUAG